AUGCAAUACAGUUUGAUACUCACAUAUUCAUUCUGUCAGGCCUAACAAAUGAGAAUAAAUAUAAUGCAUUGUAAAUAUGAAUAAUUAAUUCAAUCGAUAAAUGAACACAUGCUAAUAUUAAAAUGAACACAUGCGUCAUGAUACAUCCUUGAUAAGUUCUGAUGCUCAACUCGUGAGAAACGAUUAGGUUUUUUCGUUCGUGAAGGAAAUGUGUAGGAAGGAGUGGAUAUUUUUGAAGAAUGCCGACACCCACGUUUGUCUACACACAAUGUCUCCCGUGUAGCUUGAAAACACACUGUUUCUCUCUUACGAUCAAUAAGUAAUCCUAUUUUCCCCAAACCUUCGAUAAUAGCUGAAUUUCCAAAAAACGAAAAUAUAGAAAAAACGCAUUUUUGGUCCGAAACAACGCUGGUCCAUUAACAGAACAUCCGGUAUGAAAUUAUGAACGAGGACAAUCCUUUAGUUGAAAAAUAUCAAAUUUGACUAUUUAAUUUAUAAGAUGGUGAACUCUUAACCAUGAGUACUACGUUGUUCUCUUCUUCCUGGUCACAUAUGAUCUAAGGGAGUGUUAGAUGGUUUAAAUGUGUUCUUAGGGCACGAAGCUGUCAGACCUUUUGGCGUGUAAGAUUGAUAGCGUGCAGGCUUCCAGGGCUCUUUGUUUGGAAUAUAAGCAAUAAAGUGCUCGAGGCCUACUCUGUCUUGGCUGAAGACUUCUGAGGGCAAAAUAGAAGAAACAUUCUUGAACGUAAAAGACUACAUGGGAUUUACACUUUUAUUUAACAUGAAUACCUUUUAUUGGCUUGGUUAGCCUGUAAGUGGGUGGAAACAGAUUUGGGAGGUCAAUUCAUGUAAUAAUUUGUAGCAUGUUAUUACAAUUUAGACUGAAUGCACUAUCGUCAAGAAUAAGAUUGUUCUGUUUUGCUGGUGUCAUAAUAAUACCUUCUGUAUGGAAAAUAACAGAUGAUAUUCGCACUCCUGGAACAACACCUCUUUGAAGAAAGAACCGUUCCAUUAUAACCAUUUUAAUCUGAAUUUAUUUAGUUUGUAAACUUAAGUCCUGGAUCAAUCUAAAAUAUGUUAAACAUUUCUUAAGCUAAAACAAAUCUAAUAUAUAUAGAAUAAUGCACUUGUGUGCUUGUGAACACGAGCGCGCGUAAGUGCUUUUAAAAAAAAAUGUCCACGCGCAAUGUGUGCGCGCGCAUCGUCGCACGCGCUUUUCUCAUGCAUACACAACUGAGACCGCGCAUUGUCUAAAAAGCACUAAACCCCAAGAUUAACGGGUUACUUCGAUCAUGACUUUUGGCGUAUCUUAUUUGUCCAGCUGAUGUCUAGGGGCAAGUCGAGGGCCAGUCAAACUAUAAAUGAAGAACAGGAGACGGACACACUCUCACAUUGUUUCAGGUACUGGUUAAGCUAAAGUUAGGCUAUAAUCUACUGAGCAGUGGGCAAACUGACCAUAAAUGCGUAAAUAAACUAGCCCGUCCCCGAGAGUGAGAGUGAGGCGUUCCUCUCGGACUUUUUUCGAUCAAUCACACAGACAGUGGCUUCUUUUGAUUAAACCCCAAAUUGUCAUUGGACAGAGUGUAAUCAUGUGACAAGCAAUACGGUCCAAUUUCAACCUUGUCUCCAUGAAAGCAAUAGUUUAAUGGCACCGCGGUCCCCAUACGGCCGUAAUCAGCAAAAUAGUUUUUUUUUUUAACCCGGCACGAUAUUUCAUUAUAUCUUCCUUGGGUCACAAAUUUGUGAGCGGCGAAUUUGCAAGACUUGGAGGAGAUGAAUUACGAAUUCGAGCGAGAGACGGGUUUUAUCAAUAGUCAGCCGUCGCUCGCUGAGUGCCUGACAUCUUUUCCCCCUGUCGGUGAUGCAUUUCAAAGUUCAUCAAUCAAGAGCUCGACGCUUUCACACUCGACACUGAUUCCUCCUCCUUUUGAGCAGACCAUUCCAAGCCUGAACCCCGGCAGCCACCCUCGCCACAGCCGGCCCAAGCAGAACCCUAAUGGCUCAUGCCCGCUGCCUGCCGCAUCCCUACCCCCAGAGUACCCUUGGAUGAAGGAGAAAAAAGCAUCCAAGAAAAACCAGACAACUUCGACAGCAACAACCACGGAUCCUGGUCCACUGUACUUCUCCCCUCAAGGCUCGCCCGAGAUUUCUGAUGGUGGCAAUGGGGCAACUCGCCGACUGAGAACGGCGUACACGAACACUCAGCUGCUGGAGCUGGAGAAGGAGUUCCACUUCAACAAGUACCUCUGCAGGCCACGGCGGGUGGAGAUCGCCGCUCUGCUGGACCUCACCGAGAGGCAAGUCAAAGUCUGGUUCCAAAACCGGAGGAUGAAACACAAACGGCAAACGCAGUGCAAAGAGAACCAUCACGGCGAGGGGAAAGCACAGAGUCUGGAGGAGGCAGGAGGACGGGGUGAUGGGAAAUCUUUUUUCGAGCAAGUGGCAAACAAUGUAUCGGGGGCGCUUUUGGAAAGAGAGGGUUAUCCAUUUCAGCAGAAUACCUUAACUUCUCUACAGUCACAGAAUGGACACAAUAGUGAUUCUCAAAGCGCAACUGUCUCGCCUUUAGGUAGCAAUGACAAACAUCUGAAACAUUUUCCCAACCCGUCACCCACUGUUCCUAUCUGCGCCUCAACAAUGGCCCAGGAUUGUGCAUCUGGCCAGGACAAUAGCAGCCCCUCGGCCCUGGACGUCUCUUUACAGGACUUUAACGUUUUCUCCAAUGAUUCCUGCUUGCACCUCUCAGAUGCCGUGUCCCCAAGUUUGUCAGAGUCUGUAGACAGCCCCAUUGGUUUAUCCACAGAGGCCUUUGAUUUCUUCUCCGAGACGCUUACAACAAUCGACCUACAACACUUGAGCUACUAACUCUAACUGAAGUUUCAUUAUAGGGACGUCAAUAUCUUUUUCACAAUGAUGGCCUGUGUGUUUAAUUGUGACUUUAAAACUAGGCCUAGAGCAUUAAUCAAUGAGGUAAGUUUCUCAAUAAUCGAGUGACCAUUUGUGUUUACAGAGAAAAUAUGGCAGGAAAAGGUGAUAUUUUUCACGUUUUAUUUUUGUAUCUCUCGCCGGCAAAGUGCCAUAUUUUCAUAGAAUAAAUUUG